AUGAGCAACACAGACAAGACUUCAGUCAUAGUCGUCGGCGGCAGUCUAGUCGGCCUCUCAACCGCCCUCUUCCUCUCCAAGCAACAAGUCCCCGUCAUCCUCCUCGAACGCCACAAGGGCAGCAGCGCUCACCCGCGAGCCAUCGGCUACACUGCCCGUACCAUCGAGAUACUACGCUCAUUCGACGUAGAGUCUCGUCUUCCAAAAGCACAGUGGAAGGGCGGUCCUCCUCGUCGUAUCGCUGUCGAGAGCUUGACGGGCAAGUGGCAGGAUGAGAAGCACUGGACGCCCAAGCCCACAGGUCCUAAGGACGGACCAAAACCCAAGAGCCAAGAAGAUUACUCUCCCGUUUCUGGAAUUGCGAGUGCUCAGGACAAGAUCGAACCUGUGCUGCGAGAAUGCGCUAUCGAGAGUGGCGCUGAUUUGAGGCUGGGCUGGAAGGUCACCAGCUGGUCUCAGAAUGACCACGGUGUGGCUGUAACCGCAGUCAGCAGCGACGGCACAGAAAAGCAAAUCGAGGCAAAGUAUCUCGUGGCCUGCGACGGUGCACGAAGUCCUAUCCGCGAACAACUCGGGAUUAAACGCGAUGGAGUUGGCCUCUUGCAGACUCUUCGCAGUAUUCUCUUCCGUUGUGCUCCUAUUGACCAUUAUCUUGAUCGUGGCUACUCUCAGUUUCAGAUUGAGGGUCGAGAGGAUGGUUUUAAGGGCUUCAUGACAAAUUAUGGUGAAAGGCGAUGGGCUCUUAUGUGGAACCCAACAGAAGGAUCUCCAGACAACACCAUGGACGAGGCUACACAGAAGGACUCUAUCCGCAAGGCCAUCGGAAAGGAGAUUCCCGACAGCGAUAUUGAGCUCAUCACAACAGGCGAGUGGGAUCUCUGCGGUCUUGUUGCCGAAAAGUUCUCCUCUGGCCGCAUCUUUCUCGCUGGCGACGCCGCGCAUGCCCUCCCGCCUAACAGAGGAGGCUACGGUGCCAACACUGGUAUCUCGGAUGCCCACAAUCUCGCCUGGAAGCUUGCCGCCGUUCUUAAAGGACACUCUAGCCCAGAGAUUCUGGACACGUAUGAUGCAGAACGUCGUCCUGUAGCCCUGGUACGUCACGAUCAGAUCUUUGCACGGGACGACUACCAGCGGUUCCUAGUCGAUCGGGAGUGGAAGCCAGAGGACGUGCAAAUCCUAGAUGACGUUGCCAUGGAAUUCGGACAAAUCUAUCAAUCCAAAUCCAUCAGUGGAGCAGACGAGAACUUGCCACCCGCAAAAAGACCCGACGAGUGGCAAGGACAGCCUGGAACACGAGCACCACACAUCUUUCUGCAAAGAGGAGGAGAAGCAAUCUCGAGUCUGGAUCUGUUUGGUCAAGGUUGGGUCCUCGCCUCCAAGGAUGAAGCAUGGAGGACUGCUGCAACGGGUCUCGAGUGCAGCUUUGUGAAGGUCGAUGAGACGAACCAGGGAGAAUUCAACGAGGCGUUUGGUGUGGACGAUACUGGAGCUGUACUCGUGCGGCCUGAUGGCUACAUUGCCUGGAGAACAGCAACGAAACAUCAAGAUGGCACUGAUUCGUUGAGGGAGGUGCUUGCACGGGUAUCAUGCUCUGUUGUUUAG